AUGUCACAUUACGACAGAGACACAACGGGCGACACCAUCGUCUCCGACUUUCCAUCUCAAGUCAAAGGCCGUACCUUUUUGAUCACCGGUCCCAGUGAUGGUGGUAUAGGUGCUGAAGCAGCCAAAUCUCUUGCACGCGGCUCUCCAAAAUCUCUGAUCCUGGUCGGUCGCUCACUCGAAAAGAUCCAACCCACGAUCGAUGCAAUCCAAAAGGCCGACGCCUCUAUAACGGUCAAAUUUGUUAAUGUCGAACUGGGCUCUCUUUCCAGCGUAAGGGAAGCCGCGAAAACUAUCCUCGAGGAUUCUAGUAUUCCAAAAAUCGAUGUUAUCAUCAACAAUGCCGCAAUUAUGGUUUGUCCGUAUGGAUUAAGCACGGAUGGAUAUGAACUUCAAUUCGCGACCAACUAUCUCUCGCAUUUUCUUCUCACCAAUCUUCUUCUUCCCAAGGUUCUGGCUGCUGGACCCGGGGCUAGGAUCAUUAAUGUCUCGAGUACUGCUCACUUAUUGGGACCCAUCAAUUUUCAAUCUCUGGACUACAACAAGGGGAAAGAUUACGAGCCAUGGAUAGCCUAUGGCCAAGCUAAGACGGGGAAUGUCUUGUUGAGUGUGGCUCUGGAUAAGAGAUUGAAAGGAAAGGGGGUCAAGAGCUUUGCGUUGUGUCCGGGGGGUAUUGGUACGAAUUUGACGAGAUAUAUGUCGCCUGACAUACUCAAUGACGCAUUGACAAAAUACGCACACGGAAUGCAAACCAUAGGACCACCGAAGAGCUUGGAGGCGGGAUGUUCUACUACGCUGAGAGCCGCGCUAGAUCCUUCUUUAGUUGAGGUUGAUGGUAGUCUCUUUUUGGCACAUUGUCAGCUCCAGACAGAUCCCUCGUAUAUUGCCCCGCAUGCGCGUAGCGAGGAGAAUGCGGAAAGACUGUGGUCACUUAGCGAGGAACUUGUGGGAGAAAAGUUUGCUUUGUAA